AUGGCUUCCGCCCCGCGAUUGCCUUCUCGUCAAAAACGAGAUGCUGCGCCUAUGCGAACGGAGGAGGAGAAGCAGGCUGCCGCAAAGGCCGAGUACGAGAAGCUUCUGACAAUGAGAUCCGGCGGAACCUACAUCCCACCCGCGAGACUGCGCGCGCUCCAGGCACAGAUCACCGACAAGACGAGCAAGGAGUACCAGCGCAUGGCAUGGGAAGCACUCAAGAAGAGUAUCAACGGUCUUAUCAAUAAGGUCAACACAGCCAACAUCAAGUUUAUCGUUCCCGAGCUGUUUAAUGAGAACUUGGUUCGUGGUCGGGGUCUGUUUUGCCGAUCGAUCAUGAAGGCACAGGCUGCCAGUUUGCCUUUCACACCCAUCUACGCCGCCAUGGCCGCGAUUGUCAACACCAAGUUACCUCAGGUCGGAGAGCUCCUGAUACGUCGCCUCGUCCUACAAUUCAGAAAAGGAUUCAAGCGAAACGACAAGGCUGUUUGCCUCUCAUCCACUACUUUCCUUGCGCAUCUUAUCAAUCAACAAGUCCAGCACGAAAUGCUUGCUGGUCAAAUUUUGCUCCUCCUUCUCCACAAACCCACCGACGACAGUGUUGAGAUUGCGGUCGGUUUCUGCCGUGAGGUUGGACAAUACCUGGAGGAGAUGCAGAGCUCCAUUGCGAACGUAAUCUUUGAUCAAUUCCGAAACAUUCUGCACGAAGCCGAUAUCGAUAAGCGAACGCAGUACAUGAUCGAGGUGUUGUUUCAGGUGCGAAAGGACAAGUUCAAGGACAACCCGGCCAUCAAGGAAGAGUUGGAUUUGGUUGAAGAGGAGGAUCAGAUCACACACCGAGUCGACCUAGAAGGCGAGAUUGAAGCUCAGGACGGGCUCAACAUCUUCAAGUUCGAUGCAGAGUGGGAAGAGCAUGAAGAGGCGUACAAGAAACUCAAAGCUGAAAUUCUGGGCGAAGGCAGCGACGAUGAAGAUGACGACGAGGACGAAUACGAGAGUUCCUCUGAAGAUGAGGAGGACGAGAAGACAAAGGCCAUGGAGAUCAAGGAUCAGUCCAAUGCCGACCUAGUCAACUUGCGCAGGACCAUUUAUCUCACCAUCAUGUCCAGUGCCGACCCUGAGGAAGCUGUUCACAAGCUCAUGAAGAUCAACCUUCCCGCAGGACAGGAGCCUGAGCUUCCCUCCAUGAUUGUGGAGUGUUGCUCGCAAGAAAAGACAUACACCAAGUUCUUUGGCAUGAUUGGCGAGCGCUUCGCUAAAAUUAAUCGGCUUUGGUGCGACCUCUUUGAGCAGGCUUUCGCCAAGUACUACGAAACCAUCCAUCGAUACGAAAACAACAAGCUGCGCAAUAUAGCAAUGUUAUUCGGCCAUAUGUUCGCUUCAGACGCUCUGGGCUGGCACUGUCUAUCUGUCAUUCACUUGAACGAGGACGAGACCACGUCUAGUAGCCGUAUAUUCAUCAAGAUUCUAUUCCAGUUUAUUGCGGAGGAGACCGGCAUGCCCAAGUUGAGGGCACGUCUGACAGAUGAGACACUCCGGCCUAUCCUGGAAGGGCUCUUCCCCAGAGACAACCCCCGCAACAUCAGGUUCUCCAUCAACUAUUUUACAAGUAUCGGUAUGGGCGCUCUUACAGAAGAGAUGCGAACACAUCUUCAGAACAUGCCCAAACCCGCUUUGCCUGCUCCUGCAGCCGCAGCGGAUUCAGACUCGGAUUCCGUCUCCAGUUAUUCAUCCUACACAGGUUCUUCUUACUCAAGAUCUCGAUCUCGCUCUCGAACACCACCACGCAAGGUUGCUGACCGAGGUCGAUCCCUUUCUCGAUCCCCUGGCCGAAAGAGCAGGGGACGUUCAUACAGCUCCUCGAGGUCAGGGUCAUACUCACGAUCUGUAUCUGCACGGGGAAGAGGUCGCAGUCAGUCCGGUUCCGCUAGCCCUCCCCGACGAGGUCGUCGUUACACCAGUGGGAGCCGCUCGCGAUCUCCAGCCCCUCGUAAUGGCAAGGGCCGAGCUCGUAGCGCCUCUUACUCGUCUCGAAGCCGAUCUCGCACGCCGCCACGAGAUAAGGCUAAGCAGUACAGCCGUUCACCUUCAUACGACUCACGAUCCCCGCCACCAAGGAGGGCUAAUCCUGAGAGCUUGUCGCCCCCACCUGCGCGCAAUGGACGUCAACCUUCAUACACGCCCUCACCCAGCCCGCCACGCCGUGGAGGAAACAAGUCUUUGAGCCCUGUGCCGCCAAAGAGAAGGCGUUACAGUGAUAGUGUCUCCAGAUCACCGCCACCGAUGAAGCGAGGACGACGGGGCAGUUGA